UGCAAAUUAUAAUAUUAGAGAACACAAUCAAUCUAUUCCCGAGUCAAGAUCAAUUCAUGAAGUCGGUGAAUAUAAUCAGCCUAUUCCUGUGUCAAGUGCAAAUUAUAAUAUCAGAGAACACAAUCAAUCUAUUCCCGAGUCAAGAUCAAUUCAUGAAGUCGGUGAAUAUAAUCAACCUAUUCCUGUGUCAAGUGCAAAUUAUAAUAUUAGAGAACACAAUCAAUCUAUUCCCGAGUCAAGAUCAAUUCAUGAAGUCGGCGAAUAUAAUCAACCUAUUUCUGUGUCAAGUGCAAAUUAUAAUAUUAGAGAACACAAUCAAUCUAUUCCCGAGUCAAGAUCAACUCAUGAAGUCGGUGAAUAUAAUCAAACUAUUCCUGUGUCAAGUCCUAGGUCAAUUUCUCCAAAGAAACUUACAAAGAAGCCAUCUCCAACUAUUAACACUAAAGCUGCUUUAGCAGAUAUAAUGGAGUUUUUUAAUCAACCAAUGAACUACGAAAAGUCUGAUGAUGAUACAGAUGAAGAUGAUAUAACAUCUGUAUCAAAAUAUGAUAAACUGUUUAUUCACAGAACUCCUCGGAAUAAUAUUGUAAAUGAUGAAAAUAUUGCUCCACCAAAUUAUUCUGAUCAUCAUGGUAACUUUAGAAUGGUUCCAUUUGAACUCUUAACACCAAUACAAGAGACUAGUCGAGAGUAUAGGUCAACCUCUAAUACAUCUAUAUAUCAAUCAGAUGGUUUUAUAACUUUAGAUUUAGGAUCUGUGAUUGAAACGCCAAAGCCUAAAAAUUUAGAACAAUCUCUCUUUACAAAACCUCCUCAAUUAUUCCCGGUAUCUUCAAAUCCUUGUAACCCACUUGAGACUAGGUUAGUUGACCAAUUUUUGUCAUCUUUAAAUCCUUCAUUGUUACAAUAUCCUGGUUUUUAUGAUAUGAGAGGCGAAUAUUCAAAUAAUCACGCCAAGUUAGAAAGAAUUGCUCGAAAUUGGGAUAAAAAUUGCCGACGUCGUAUCAGCAAUGCAACAAAUUUAGAUGAACCAAUCAGAUUAUUUAAUGACUCCUUUUUAAUCCGUCAAAAGAUUGGUGAAGGUGCAUAUGGCAAAGUCUAUCGCGUAUUGGAUAUGAAGUUCAUGACCGAAUGUCAUAAAGACUCCCGGGUAUCACGUGCUUUAAAGCUUCAAAUACCUUCUACGGCUUGGGAAUUUUAUAUAAUUCGAAAAUUACAUGAAAGAAUCAUUUCACCUACAAUCAAUUCUAUAAUAACUGCUCAUUCUUUGUAUUAUUAUAAAGAUGAAAGUUAUUUGCUCACCGAACUUUGUUCUCAUGGAACGAUCGUGGAUGCUAUAAAUACGGCUAAAAGAGAAAAUUCUACAAUGGAUGAAAUUUUGGUAAUUUUUUUCACUGUUGAACUUAUGAAAAUCGUUGAAGCAAUCCAUGAAGCGGGAAUAAUUCAUGGUGAUAUAAAAGCGGAUAAUUGUUUGUUGAGGUUGGAACGAACAGUUGAAUGGGAUGCCCAGUAUGAUCCAUCAGGUGCUGGUGGUUGGUCAAAGAAAGGAAUUAAACUAAUCGACUUUGGAAGAGCAAUCGAUGCUACAUUAUUUCCUCCUGAUAUGAAAUUUAUAGCUGAUUGGAAAUGUGAUGACCAAAAUUGCGUGGAAAUGAGAGAAGGUAGACCAUGGAAAUGGCAAGCAGAUUAUUACGGUCUAGCUGGUGUAAUACAUUGUAUGUUACAUAAUGAAUAUAUGCAGAUUACUCCUGUACGAAUGGAUGUUGAUUCAUUCUCAUCAUGCACAACUAUUUUGACAAAAAAAUAUAAGCCAAUACAAUCUUUCAAACGCUAUUGGCAAGGAAACCUAUGGGGUAGGUUAUUUGAUAUGCUACUGAACCCAUCAUUAGUUCGUUCAGACGGACGAUUACCAAUAACUCAAGAACUAAAUAACAUAAGGAGAGAGUUUGAACAAUAUUUGAUUGCUAAUUGUGAAAAAAUUGGAAAAGAGUUAAAAGCACAAUUGAAACGAUUAGAAGUUAAUUGUGAAAUAAAUUAUCAUGGUUGA